AUGAAGAAUAAAAUUAAGUUAUUAUUUUUUAUUAAAAUUUGGACGUUUAUCCUUUUAACUUGGAUAUGUUAUUUUAGUAGUGAUUUAAGAAAAUUUUAUAAUUAUUUGUAUCAGAAGAACGAUGUUUAUAGUAAUCUUGGGACUAGUAUUCAUCGAUUACUCGUGGAGCAUAAAAACAAAAAUCGUUCAAAUAUUGCAUGGCUGAAGAGAGACAUGCCUAAUUUUGGAGAAUGCAAAAAAAAAAAUAUAUUUACUAAUAAAAAGGGGGCCGUGAGGAAAAAUAAACAUCCAUAUGAAAGUUCAUUAAAUAAUAGAGGAGAUUAUGAACAAGCUAGGAAAGGUAAAUCUCCUGCAUUCACUGGAGGAAAUAAAUAUUUUGAUAAAGGUGUAUCUAAGAAAAAACAUUAUCUAAAGAAUGUUAGAAUGGUUGCGAAUGCUGAUAUUAAGUUUUUAAGAAAAAUUAAACGAAGAAAAGGUGAUAAUCAUUUUGUUUUAAUUAUCUUAUAUUUAUUAUCUAUAGUAAUAACCUCCACCAUAACAUUUUUCCGUAAAAGUUGGAUACCAGAUGAGACAUUGUAUGGUGCAAUACUUGUGUCACUAUGUGUAUUUCAGUGUAUAGUUUUAGUUGGGCAUUUUUAUAUGUUAAGAAAAAUAGCAAAAUAUAAAAAGUUAAUACAUAUAAAAAGUGAUAUGCAUAACACGGCAUAUCCUUCUAUAAGUAAAGUAAUUUUUUAUAACGAUUAA